CAGUGGUCAAUGUGCCAUGACUAAGUUUGAUGGUGAAGGAAGAUGGACGAAUGUGAACUGUGAUGAAAGAAAAGCCUUCAUCUGUUAUGAUGAUAAUGUGAUCUUGAUCAAAGAAAAUAAAACCUGGAAAGACGCCUUGACCUACUGCAGAGAUCAUCAUGAUGACCUGGUCACCAUCACCAACAUGGAUGAUCAGAGAUGGAUCCAGGAGAAAGUCAAGGAGGCAUCGACUGAUCAUGUCUGGUUGGGUCUGCGGUUCAACUGCACUCUUAAUUUCUGGUUCUGGGUCUGUAAGGAGAUGAUCAGCUAUCAGAACUCGACCUCAGCAGGAUGGAUGAAUGACUGUAACAUUUCUGGAGCCAUGCAGGCUGGAGGAGAACAUAGAUGGUUCCAGAGAAACGACACAGAGGAACUGAACUUCAUCUGUUCUAAGGGUUAAAGGUCACUCUGCUCCUUGGUGACAUGAGUUUGAUUUUCCAAAGUGAAUAUUUGGUUGUUUGACUGUAUGAACUUUUCAAAUGUAAUUUUAAGGUAGAAACUAAAGUUGCGGCUCCAGUAGGUCUCUUCUUUCAGGGUUCUGGAGACAGCCAGGUGUUGAUGUUUGGCCUGAUUAAAGCUGCCAGGCACAUCAGGAGGUUUUUCCUUCUCGCUCCUCAGAACCACUUGGUUUGGUUUGUGUCCUAUGGUUUGGUUUUGUUAGGGUUGUUUUGUUUUUGCUUUUUUUUUUUAAAUUUAUGGGGUUUUACAUGAAUCUAUUUUGGAUUCUCAUUUCAGGUAUUCCCCUUUCAGGUUUGAUAUCUUUAAUAUAAUAUAAUAAAAUCAUUUUUCUUAAAGUC